AUGUGGAAUCAGACGUUGCCUCAGCAAGGCCCUACCAGGGUCCUAACCCAAUACGGUAUCACGACGGGCGGACAGUUAUUGAUCCUUGAUGGAGAAGUACAAGAAGAUUACUUGGCUCAAAGCAACCGGGCUACACACGAAAGAAAAAUCACCACAGGAAAUCCAAAGAUACCCGCCAUGAAGUUCCAGCUCAGCUUCCUCCUCCUCGUUCCCUUGCUGGGACUCGGCAUGGCAGACGAGCUUCCCAGCCUCAAGUCCGCCAACGAGAAGGGCAUUUCUGUCGCUGGCCUCGGCGAAGUCAAUGCUGCGUCCAUCUGCCCCCCGUCAUACCCCCGAUACUGCCCGGUCGGAGGAUUCUGCUGCCGCACCACCAAGUGCUGCUCCAAGUCUUGCUGCCAAGACUGGGCCAAGUGGUGCAUUGACGGACACUGCUACGUCACUCUCUCAAGCUCAGGGCACGGCGAAACGAAAACGAGCCAGGCUUUGUUCCGUGUCCCUCGCGAGAAAACUUGGAACAGGGGUGGGAAAGAACUUCGACUUGUUGUUGUGGCAGAGCUUGUGUACUCUGUAGAGAGGCACGAGUCUGAGAGGAGUAGUGAAUUGACGCCGUUCUUUUUUUCUUUUUUCUUUUACGAAUGCAUGGCAGCAGAUAUACUAGCAGACAGUCUGAAUCCUGCAGCUACCUCGGGUUGUUCAACACCACCCGCGGUGGUUGCGUGUCGGUCAGUGAUGAAAACACACACAAGUCUUGUCGGGAUCUUGCAGUGGACCAGGCUGUUUUGCAUGUGUGUCAAGCCGGGCCAGGCAUACCACGGCAUGGUUGUGUAG